AUGGCCUCCACGGAGGCAUCGUUGGGGCUGCAAGACUCGGGCUCUGACACGCCGCCGCCGUCGUCGCCGCCGCGGCUUGUAGAACGACAAGCGCCGAGCUGUAUGAGGCCUUCAGCGCUGUUUCAGCGGCUCCAGGGGCUGAGGGCGCGCGCUGCAGUGCGUGUCGUGGAUGUUGGGAACUACAACGACCCCAAUCUACCCACGUCACCCCCGUCGGCAAAGAAGGCUCCAAAGUUUUCAAUAGGGCGCUCGCUUCGCUCAAUGACUUCGUGUCUGGCCUUCAAGGCGGCUCCCUCUCUAGAAGAACGCUACGUCGCCGUUGAGGAGGCAGCAGCGCCCACAGCGGCGUUUGUAGUGCGGCAUUUGCCGAAAAGAAUAGGUGCUGGCGAGGCAGUGCAAGAGCCCGGAGGCGUCAUCGUGAGCUGUCCACUCACAAUGUUGGUGGACGUCUCCACCUUCUCCGUCCCUGGAAAGGAUGUGUUUGUGUUCAAAAUAUUGCCAGGGGACUUCCCCCCUUCGCAUGCCGCAGAGAGUAGCAUGAGAACGAGCAACGCUGAGUCGAGCGUUGCGGCCUCACCAACGUUGUCGUCGGUCCUCAGCGCAGGUGGCGAGGUUGGCUUGCAGCUGGUUUUCAGGCAGCCGCUUGCCGCAUUCCCGCUGGCGAAGAAAAAUUUUCGGAAGGUCGAAUUGCAGUUUGUCGCGCCAAGAGAACGCGACUUGUGGCUGCAUUUUCUCGAGAAGUAUUACGCCACCUUUUUGCUGGAUUCGGUUCGAACAGGUGGUGGUGGUGGUGAGGUUUGCAUCUCCGACUCGGAGCUGCGGAGGCUGACGGAGGAAAGCACGCGGCUGAUGCGGCGGAAACCGGCGCCCGCCGUUAUUGAGCGCUAUAUCGACUUCUUUCUCUCCUCCGCGGGUCGUGAGGACGCGGAUCGAACGCAAAAGGCGGAGAACAUAAACCCUCAGGACGUUCCAUGUGGAGGCAUUCUUCGCAUUAACCUUGGCGAGAACCACUUCGAGACGCGACGGUUUGCCUACAAGAAGGCCAAAAGGCGUUCGGCGUGGGACGGGCAGGCGGCGGCGGCGGAGGAGGAGUACCUUGUCAUGCAUCCCACCACCGUGUCGCAGCGCGUUCGGAGGGUCGCGAAGUAUAAGGUGCCAGUUGGGCAGCUGCGUGUGAUGGUGGAGGAGGAGCACUUUGGACAUGUUUUCUUCCUCGAGCAGAGGGCAGAGUUCACGGGUGGAUGCACGAAAUCCCUCUUGAGUCUCUUCCAGAGCCAGCCCAGCAACCUGCAGGUGGCAUUGGCGGCGUCACCGCCAGACAGCAGCAGUGACUUUGCCAUCACUGAAACGAUUCAGCUUCAUACCAGCGGGUUUGCGGACCGCAUUCGAUGGCUGAAAUGGUUCGAGGCGGUGCUGCGGAAGCCUGUCGUGUAUCUUUCCCGUCUCCGCGAGGAGAAAAAGUCGCUAGAGCGGGCCCAUGGCCCACGCCGGCUUUGCACAUCACUUUGCCCGGGUCCCCUCCCCCCGGCCGUCGCCGGUGAGGGCGGCUGA